AAAAAAUGGAAGACUUUGAGCAACCUAGAAAACGAUCUGAAAUUCAAGCAGAGGCCAUGGAGCGAAAGGCUGAUUUUACAGAGAAAAAGGCAGCUCUUUCAGCGAUGCAGAUUGAGGAUGCUCGCAGAAGAUACGCCUAUUUGCUUGGACAGACUGACAUUUUUGCUCAUUUUCUGAACAUUGCCAAGAUGAAGUCAACCGAUGCUAGAAAGUUUAGAGAUUUUACAGACAAGGGCAUUAAAACUACAGAAAAAGAACCGCCAUCUCGAAAUCGUCGAAAGACCGAAAAGGAAGAGGAUGAAGAGCUGAUUAAAAACGAUUUAAAUGACGAGCCUUUAACCACGUUUUCAUUUACCGAAUCUCCUGCUUAUGUUACUGGUGGGAAAAUGCGUGAUUAUCAGAUUCAAGGCUUGAACUGGCUAAUCUCAAUUUACGAAAAUGGUAUUAAUGGAAUCUUGGCCGAUGAAAUGGGUCUUGGUAAAACACUUCAAUCUAUAUCUUUCUUGGGCUACCUUAAACACUUUCUUGACAACAAGGGCCCCCACCUUGUUAUUGUCCCUAAAUCCACACUACACAAUUGGUUCAGCGAGUUUAAACGAUGGGUUCCAUCCAUUACUGCAUUUAUCUUUCACGGACCAAAAGAUGAGCGAGCUGGGCUGAUCUCCUCCUCACUCCAUUCUGGAAAGUUUGAAGUAUGCAUUACUUCGUAUGAAAUGUGUCUUUUGGAAAAGUCUGCAUUCAGCAAAGUUGCGUGGCAAUAUAUUGUGAUUGAUGAAGCACAUCGGAUUAAGAAUGAAAAUUCUGCUCUUUCUCAGAUUGUUCGUUUAAUGAACUGUCGCAACCGGUUGUUAUUGACUGGCACUCCUCUUCAGAAUAAUUUGCACGAGCUCUGGGCACUCUUGAACUUUUUGCUGCCUGAUGUGUUUAGUUCUGCUGAAGAUUUUGAUAACUGGUUCUCUACUGACCAAGAAGGCGAUCAAGACAAGGUCGUGAAACAACUUCACAAGGUUCUUCGACCUUUUUUACUUCGUCGUAUUAAAUCUGAUGUGGAGAAAUCACUGCUUCCAAAAAAGCGUAUCAAUUUAUACGUGGGUAUGAGUACCAUGCAGCGCAUGUGGUAUAAAAGGCUUCUUGAAAAGGACAUUGAUGCAGUCAACGGUGCAGCCGGUCGUAAGGAAAGCAAGACUCGACUGCAGAACAUUGUCAUGCAACUUCGAAAAUGCUGCAACCAUCCUUAUCUGUUUGAUGGUGCAGAACCUGGUCCACCUUACACUACCGAUCAGCAUUUGGUUGACAACUCUGGUAAAAUGGCACUGCUGGACAAACUUCUUCAGCAUCUCAAAGCCCAAGGAUCUCGUGUGCUACUGUUUAGUCAAAUGUCUCGUGUACUUGAUAUUUUGGAGGAUUACUGCAUUUGGAAAGAGUUUGAUUACUGUCGUCUUGAUGGAACUACUGCUCACGAAGAUCGUAUCAAUAGCAUUGAUGAGUAUAAUAAGCCCGAUAGCUCCAAAUUCAUUUUCCUGUUAACCACACGUGCUGGUGGUCUUGGCAUCAACUUGGCAACUGCUGAUAUUGUUAUCAUGUAUGACAAUGAUUGGAAUCCUCAAGUGGUAACCGAGGAUCGUGCUCAUCGUAUUGGUCAAAAAAAGCAAGUGGUUAUCUUCCGUUUCAUUACCGAGAAUGCUAUUGAAGAAAAAGUAAUUGAUCGUGCUACUCAAAAGCUGAGGCUAGAUCAGUUAGUUAUUCAACAAGGACGAGUGAUCCAGCCUACAAAAAAUUCGUCAAAGGAUGAUCUUGUUUCCAUGAUUCAAUAUGGUGCUGAGAGUAUUUUUAACUCAUCCGACAGUACAAUUUCCAAUGACGAUAUUGGCGAGAUUCUAAGGCGUUCUGAGAAGAAAACAGCAGAGCUUGAUGACAAAUACAAAAACAUGGGUCUUGAUGACUUGCAAAAAUUCACAGUCGAAGACACCACAAGCGCUUAUCAAUGGGAGGGAGAAGAUUUCAGAGACAAGCGUUCUGGUAUCGGUAUGAACUGGAUCGGUCCAUCCAAACGCGAACGUAAAGUCAACUACGAUGUCGACAACUAUUACCGUCAAGUAUCAUUGACCAGCACACGCACGGCGAAUCCACGUCCACCCAAACCCAAAACAAUGACUCUUCAAGAAUACCAGUUUUAUCCUACACGACUUCUUGAAUUAAACGAAAAAGAAAAGUAUGAGUUUUGGCGAUCUGUUGGCUAUAAGCCUAGUCGCGCAGAUUCGACUGAAACCGACGAGACUGCUGCUGAAAAGUGGCUGGCUUUGGAAGAGGCCCGUAUUGAAACUGCUGAACCACUUACUGAUCAAGAAAUUGCCGAAAAAGAACAACUUACCCAAAAAGGAUUUGAAAGUUGGACAAAAAGAGACUUUCAAACUUUUUGCAGGGCCAAUGAAAAACAUGGACGUGACAAUCUUGAGGCCAUUGCAAACGACAUGGAGGGAAAAACUUUAAAGGAAGUAGAAGACUAUGCGACUGUGUUUUGGAAGCGCUAUACCGAAAUCCCAGACCACGAAAAAAUUGUAGGCAAUAUUGAAAAGGGUGAAGCACGUCUUAAAAAGGUACAGGAGGUUCACGAGGCCAUAACUGCCAAAAUAAGCAAGUAUCGUUUGCCGCUUCAGCAGCUUAAACUAGUAUAUGGACAAAACAAGGGUAAAAACUAUACUGAGGAGGAAGACCGAUUUUUACUGGUUACUUUAGGCAAGUUUGGAUAUGGAACGGAUGAUAUUUAUGAAAAGAUUCGUACCGAAAUCCGCAAAUCGCCUCUCUUUCGUUUCGAUUGGUUUAUUAAAUCACGCACCACAGCUGAAAUUAUGAGACGAUGUAACACGCUUGUGAUGCUGUUGUCUAAAGAGAUUGAAGCCGAAGACGAUCGUGAAGAUCGUAAGCGCAAGAGCAAAGAUGUCAGUGUUGCACCAAGCAAAAAGAAAAAGUAAUGGUGCUGUCUUGUGUGACUCGACCAAAUAAAAUCAAAGUUUAACUGC